CUCAGCCUCAGCCUCAGCCUCAGCCUCAGCCUCAGCCUCAGCCUCACGGGGACGUGGCCGCAGCGUUCGUCCGAGCAGCGGAAAUGGAGGCGCGGAGAUUGAAAGACAAGAGACCGGCAGGGAAAUCCUCUGAAGCGAGAGUGGACGUGCAAUCGGAGCAUCUGGAUUCCACUCACACUGACGCAGACGCGGGGCCUCUAGUUCAAGACAGGGAUCCCACAGGAAUCAACCAGAGUCUGAAGGUCACAUUUGAGGACGUGAUAGCGGAGCCCCCUUCCGUGCGCAGCUUGGACCCAGUGUGGCUGUGGAGUCGCGCCCUCUUCGAGGCGUCCAGGCUGUGGUGCUACCGCCUCGUCGGCGUCCUGCUGGCGGUGUCGCUCUGGCUGGCGGCGGGACUCCUCUUCGCCGCCCUCAGCUGCCUCCACAUCUGGCUGCUCACGCCCGGCCCGCGGCUCCUCCGCAUCAGCAUGCGCUGGGCCCGGGCCGCGUGCGGCCGCAUGCUGAGCGUCCUCCUCGGCCCCUUCCUCUGCAGCGCUGCCAAGUGUUGCAGUCGGAUCCAUCUGUAUUUGGCCGAGGACGCGUGCUGAGUGAAUCCCCUAAAGACCUGCAGCACGGUCUGAUUAUUUAGCAUAACACACAGAUGGCCAAGACCUGAUGAUGACAACUCAAGUCAGCAGGGAAUAAUUAUAGCAAAGUAUGUUAAAACAUCAGUGGAACUGUAAAUAUAAGUGCUUCACAUCAUCCUGCAAAAGACACCAGUGGGUUUUGUUUCCACCAUCACGCCCAGUAACACAACCAGCGCUGGUCAAAGGAAGUGUCCGCUGCACUAACCCACCCUCAGCCCCUGACAUGCUCCCAGUCCAGCCACGUCUACGGAGCACAGUCUAAAUAUAGGCGCGUCUGUCUGCGCGCGCUCGCUGAGGGACGGCUUCCAGUGCAGGCUCAGCUGAUUGCAUUGACACCCACAGAGGAGCCAGCUAUGUCCAGCUAUUUCUGUCUGCUCUCGCUCGCUGCCCCACCAAUAACGCCGCUCUAAUUGGGUCGGCUCCCGAUCACAUGGACUCUGACCCCCCCCCCCCGCUUCUGUCCACUGGUGACCGGGGGCCGCGGCCGCCAAUCGAUGCCUGGCGCUUCCUGUGCUCAUCCCACGGGUGUUGCCCCUCGCCGUGGCAACGCCAGGACUCUGUGUGUGCGUUUGUUUAUGCUCCACAGAUAUAGAAGGCUGGCUGAGUGACGGAUGGCAACAACUGGGCCGUUUCAGCGGAAUGAAUCAGACAUUUAUUUUGGGAGACUAUUGAGUUUUAUGCAUCGGUGCUUCUAAAAUCAGAAAUACCUGCAGAAGCCCGGGAUCCGACUUGUGGGGAUUCUCUCGGCUGUAUAUCAUUAAAGUGAUCAAAUAUU